GGGAGGUUUCUUUGUAUGGUUGAUUGCAGUUCUUGCUUGCUGCCCAGUGACCAAGAUAGAAGCCCAAUUUAUGGCAUUGCCUGCUAAUCCCGACUAUGUGACUCAAGAAUCGGAGUCAAAAGAAUCUCUAAAGGGGGAUACAUUCAACCAAGAGCUAUUGAAUCAAGUCCAGCUUGAAUUGAACGCUCAGUUGAUCAUUAACUCAGAUUUGAUGUCGAAAGUCAAGAAGCGUAGGGAUUUUUUGGACUAUAUCAACCGAAGUGCAGUCAGAGCCAUGCAAAAGUUUAAUACGACGAAUAACGCUGUGAUGAAGGCCAAUCAAAUAUUGUCCCAAAAGAAAAUUAAAAUCGAUUACAGUUGGCUCUUGAUGGAGCGCUGCCGAAACAUCCAAUUCCGGGAUGAGAAGGUACGGCGAAUUGCCGACAGGCUGGCCGACAAAAGGGCCGAAGAAUUCCAUCCAAAAGCAAAGAAGCAUUUUCUAACCAAAUAUCUUAGGCUCUUGAAAGCUUUGGAGGAGCAGGUAGUUCAAGAAACGCGUGCCGGCAUGGGGUUACCCAGAAUUGAGUUAAGCACCGGAAUGCCUAAAAGUCCUCUGUCUGCAGACUUCAAUUAAUUUCAUGCUAAGGCAGUCAAUGAAUUACUUUCUUAGGUAAUUUUCUUUAAAAAUUAAUAAAAAUGAAAUGUGACGCUAUGUAAAAAUAAAAAUGAAAUGUGACGCUA